AUGCAAGCCUCUAAGAAUCUAUUCAAAGUUUUGAAAAGGUUCAAAAACUGCUGCAUGCUUGAGAAACUGGAAGAGAUAAAAGAAUACGAAGAGAACCUAAAAAAACUGUCGAAUCAUGAGAAGAUUGUACGAAUUGAUAUUAACGGAAAGGAGAAAAAAGCGAGCAAAUAUUUUUUUGACAAGAAUAAGUACAUAUACGUGAAAAACAAUAGCGACAUAAAGGCGUUUGAAACGAAGGGUAGGGAGGGAAAAAAAAAAAAGGGGGCAAUAGCUGCAGAACCGGGAGUAGUAACAGGAGCAGCAGUUCGCGAAGGGGUAAUCAGUGAGAUGGGUACCGUUUCUGCAAAGAAGGACGAAGACUAUGUUAUCGUGGACACUCUGAGGAGGAGAAGUAAUUUUAGGAAGAAUGAAAAUUUCGAAAGGUCGUUAAAGAGACUUAAAGAUACGUACAAUUUAUCAGAGGAGGAGAUCAUAUAUAUGAAAUUUAUUUAUAAAAUAAAGAUAAAAAAUAUAUAUUCCCUUAUAAAUAAUUUAAGAAAGAAUAUCUAUGUUGACAAAAAAAAAAAAGAAGUACUGCUAAAUUGUAUAUAUAAAUAUUUAAGUUACAACUGUUACACUAUGUCAAGAAAUGAGAUUCUCUUUUUUUUUUAUAUUUUCCCACAAUAUAUGAAAUACUCUAAUAAAAUAAUGCACUAUUUAACUAGUCUGUUAAAUAAGGAUCAGCUAAAAAUAGAGGAGUGUAUUAAUUUAAUUACAGAAACAAAUUUGUUGUAUAUAAAUUAUUGUAUUAAGGAUGUAUAUAUAAGCUACUUAAAUAGGUGUAUUCAUAAUAUUGAUAUAAUUCAUAUCUUGAUUCUUUUAUCAAAGGGAUCAUAUAUAUUUACAACAUGGAUAGACAACAGAUCAUCAAUAAGUGACCUUAGUAUCACUUUCAGAGAUAACUUAUAUCAUAUGAUAGAAAAAAAAAAAAGUUGCCUGAACAGGGAAUUAAAAAAUGCAUAUUUACAGUUUAAUGCCUACCUUGUUAAUAAUAUGAACACUUUUUUGAAUAUCUUUUUCAAUGAUCUCUACAUUCUCUUGUACAGAAAAAUUAUUCUAGAAAAUUUGAAUCGAGAAGAACUAGACUAUGAAUACUUUCACAAUGUGAAGACAUUAACUAGUCAUAAUUCUACCAUACGUCAUAUUAACCUCUUUUUACAAAACAGUGAUUAUUAUUCUUUUGCAAGCAAAAAACAAAAUGUUAAAAUUAAGGUCUUUCCUUCAUUCAUAGAUGAACCAAGUGGAAUAGAUAAAGACUCGAAAGGUGAUAUCGUAAAUAUUUUACCCGAAUAUUUUGCCUGCACGAACAAUGCAAAUAUUAAUUGUGAAGCCUCAUCAGGAAAGACUGAGGAUACAAACGGUACUGAUCGACAUUGCACUAAAUCAAGUAUCACUACCGUACGUACUCCAAACAGGCGCUCAAACAAUGUGUACAUGUCGAAUAAAAACAAUUAUUCCGAACAGCAAGAAGAAGAAUUAAUGGUAGAUAACCAUAGCAUUCACGAGAUGCAGGAUUGUCUACUUAGUCAGUCGAAGAAGAAGAGGCCCCUGUAUGAUGCUGUUGACACACCUUCGUACCAAGCAGUUGACACAAGAUAUGAUAGUUACAUGACUAAUAGGAAGGGAAAACCAAUCAUGAAUAGUCCAGAAGCUACAGCUUCACUACAACAUUACACUCAUCACAUAAGACAACAAAUUUUCCAAUUUACAUAUCCCUCUGAUAGAAUCAAAGAAACGCGAUAUAACGAAUUAAGAGAAAAAUAUAAAAUAGCUACGAAAGUAACAGAUAAGAAUGUAAAGGUAUUACUAAAUUUUUUAAGGAUUUCUUUUAAUUCUAAAAGUUUACAUUUUAAUGAAAUUUUUUCUAAAAAUAGCUUAUCACAAAUUGCUUCAGAUAUGAAGAGAUAUGCUGCUAAGUUGAGAAAAGAUGAAAUAGGAAAAAAUUAUAAAAAUUUAUUUUUCCGUUUAGCUGACUGUUGGGAUGGUCUCAAGGGGAAUAGACCAGAAUGGACAUCCACUCAUGAAAAUGAUGUAUACUUACUAGAAAGUAGAGACAGAAACUUAGUAAAUGCAAAUAAUCUACCACUUGAUAUGGUAGCAUGUACUAACUUGUCACAUGUAAUUACAGAAAGAGUUGAAGAAAAGCUAGUGGAUAGUGUUAGUAUUAAUAGUACACACACCUCUCCCACUCCUUCUUGCCGUACACGCUGUUCGACACCCCCACCAGAUGGUGUAAAAAGGGAAUACAACUAUGAGGAAAAAAGGGGACUACUCUUCCAUUCGGUUAAUACGGAUGAUCGAUCAAUGAUACGUUGUUAUGAAGUGGAUGAGGAAAAGGAAAAAGAAAGAACUCCUUUACAAAAAAGGCAAAAUAUUCUUCUUCAGACAAAAGAGAAGACAGCUGUCCAAAAUAACUCUAUUGUAAACCUAGUCAACCAUAUUUAUUUUAGCUCUAUUAAUGGCAAGAAAUUUUAUUCCUUAUCUGAAAUAAAUAUGAUUUCGAAACUGCUUCUCUACCUGUGCAGCUCUUUUCUGUCUCACUAUUACGCAUAUGAAUAUAAGCAUGAACAUGCACAUCAAUAUCAGCAUCAACAUCAGCAUCAACAUCAGCAUCAACAUCAGCAUCAACAUCAGCAUCAACAUCAGCAUCAACAUCAGCAUCAACAUCAGCAUCAACAUCAGCAUCAACGUGAAUAUGCCCAACGAGAUGGCAAAUGUGUGGAUGUUAUCUCAUAUGAGCUACUAUAUUGUCGCUUCGAAAAACUGUUUUACGAAAUGUUUACUUACGUUUUGAAAAACAUGUACAUUAUAAAUGUCUCCAAUUACUUCUACAUCUUUGCUGCUUUCUCCAUAUUUGCUAAUAAAAUUACACCAAAAAUUAUGAACAAGCAAGGUGGGGACAAAAAAAAAAAUGAACAAAAUUAUCAUUACCAUAAAAUAGCUAAUUUGUUAUACAUUAUACACACAGUUAGAAUGCAUCAGCUUAAUCAAGUAAAAAGUUUACUCAAUGAUGAAGAUAAUAGAAGGUACCUUCGGUUUCUUCAGCAUAGUGAUAAUAAGUUGGAUUGGGACAAUGACAAUGAUGAGGUGCUAAAAAAAAAAAAAAAAAAAAAUAUACUAAGAAACGAUUUCGAUUAUCCCGUGCUUCAUGAAACGAUUCUGAACAAAUUCAAAUUAGACAACAUGCACAUUAGCAGAAAAGAUAAAAAGCAGCUGGAAGAAUAUUCGGACUGCCAUCUAAGUAGUGGGAUUACUUCGAACGAGUUAAACGUACGUGAUACAAGACAAGGGUCUGUAGAAUACUGCGGUUUUACUAAUGGAAAAGGAUUCUACAGUGGUAAUGAUAACGACACUAACAAUAGGAGGGAGGAUUACCUUUCCCAACUGCUUAGCCCAACACUAAUAAACAGCUAUAACUUUCUUCUAAUGUUUUUAAACAACUAUUUGGACUGUGCUACUUUUCAUAUGACAAAGUUUCUAGUUAGCAUAUACUACUUAAACAUAAAUGUCCCAUCGAGUUUGAGCUGCUUAUAUCACCUCGAGUCGAGACUGCACACAAAUCAUCAAAAAUUUAUGAACAAACAUUUUUAUUGUGCAAUUAGCGCGUCCAUUGGAAGGGAAACGUUAUUAGGUUUAGGUAAAUCCUACAUGAGGAAAAUUAUAAAAUUGCAGAGAGAACAUCUUGACAUUAAUCGCAUUCCUAACAGAAGCAUUAACAUCAAUCAUAACAACGGUAUUAACCGCAAUAAUAAUCCCAAUUUUGUAUACAGUGAUAUACUGAACACCCUUCCAUUCAGCUGCAAUUAUAACGUUUAUGAUAAUAUAGAAGACAUAUUUAAAAAAAAAAAAAAUUUAUUUUCUCUUGAAAAUACGCUAAACUUUAUUUUGAUCUACAGUCUUAACAAAUUUUAUUAUUCUACUAUUUAUUACGAUAUGUCCAAAUAUUUAUCCAAAUUUGACUUAACACAUGUAAGCGAUAAUGUGAAGAUGUUGCUGUUUUUUCUUUUUUUUCAGUGCAUACAUGUGUACAAGCCCUUUUACUUUUUACUCCUAUAUGAUAUCCUUACAAAAUGGAAAAAAAAUUUGGGAAAAAUGAACCUCUACAUUUUAUGUAGCUUAAUUUUAAUAUUAAUUAAAGAGAGCAAAAUAAAAAUGAAGAGUGUUAUUUAUAAAAAAAGAAAAUUUGGAAAAAUCGCUUGGAAUUUUUUUUUCCCACUUGAUAUAUUUAUUCAUAAAAAUAUUAUGAACAAUGCAGAAAAAAAAGUUAGAAGAUUAGAGAAAAAUAUAUUGUCAAAAAAGGCAGACAUUAAAGGAGAUACAUGUAUAAAGGAACAAAUAAAUACUGCACACAUAACACCUUUCCUUUUUACAAUAAAUCAAUUUAAAAAUCAUUUUAAAAAUAUAAUACCACAAAUAGUUGAGCAGUACAAACAUUAUUAUAAGAAUGGGAAAUCUGCUGAACAGGAAUAUGAAAACACGAAUGUGAAGGAAGAAGAGGCUUCCCCCCACAACUCUUCUUUCUUUUUUUAUUUUGAUAAUACAAUUGAGUCGGAGGUAUUUAAAACUUGCUUAAAUUUUUUGUCAUACGAGUAUGUAACUGCACAUUUUCUACUACCUAAGAAAUCCUUGUAUUAUGACAUACUGUUACAUUUGAAAAACAGCAAAGUUCGGCUUUAA